AUGGAUCCACGGUGUUUCUUAUUAAUCCAGAUCUCCUGCUGGUUAGCUUUAGUAUCGUUUGCUGCUGCUUUGGAUGGGACGAAGCAAGGUUGCCAAGAAAAAUGCGGUAAUAUUACCGUUCCUUACCCUUUUGGUAUAACUCCUGGAGGUGCGGAUGACAUUCGAGGAGCAGAAGGGUGCGCCAUUAAUGGAAUUGGAUAUGGAUAUAGCGUCAACUGUAAUACUUCAUAUGAACCUCCCAAGCUUUUCAUAGGAACAGGUAAUGUCGAAAUAUUAAGUAUAUCAGAAACCGAAAUGCGCAUAAAAAACUUCGUACCUAGUGUAUGUAACAGUAUGAAUGGUGAUUUGGGGCAAAAUCAUUCGGACGUCGCCAUAAGCUUCUCCAAGACUCAUUUUACAUUGUCGGACACAAAGAACAGGUUUUUUGUGGUCGGGUGCGACUCUGGAGGGCUUAUUUCAGGGUAUGAUCAGCUUGGAAAACCCUACUCAAGCACCUGCCUAUCAUCAUGUCAGAACAUGGAAAAGGUGAAGGAAGGAUCUUGCAAUGGCAGUGGAUGUUGCCAGAGUACCAUCCCAAAACGUAUACAAAAUUAUAACACAACGGUGACGACGAAUAUCAAUAAUACUAAGGCAUCCUUCUUGUCCUUCGACCCUUGCGUUUUUGCGUUUGUGGCUGAAUAUGAGCAGUUCAAAUUCUCUAUAGCAUAUCUUCUGGCCAUGCCCGAUGCAAGAGACAUCCCGAUCGUUCUUGAUUGGGCAGUAGGGAAUAAGACAUGUGAAGAAGCACAAAAAGAUCCUACCACUUUCGCAUGCAAAGAAAACAGUCGUUGUAGCAAUUCAACCAACUGUUCUGGGUAUCAUUGCACUUGCCUUGAAGGCUACAAAGGGAACCCUUAUCUCAGUCCUGGAUGCCAAGACAUCAACGAGUGUGAGGAUGCUAAAAACAAUCCCUGUGCAGGUAUCUGCAUCAAUACGAAAGGAAGCUUCAAAUGCAGUUGCCCAGAAGGCAGUCGUGGCGAUGGGAGAAAAGACGGGACAGGUUGCACUAGCAAUGUCGUCAAAACCGAAGAAUUUCCAAUCAUAAAAGUUACUCUUGGUAUUGGUUUGGGGCUAUUGUUUCUGAUUAUUGCAACAUCUUGGAUAUACAUGAUUAUAAGAAAAAGAAAGCUGAUCGAACUGAAAGAGAAAUUUUUCCAACAAAAUGGUGGGUUGAUAUUAAAACAACAACUAUCAUCAAAUGAAGGUAGUGCAGAGACUUCUUCAAAGAUCUUCACAGCAGCAGAGCUAAAAUUAGCUACCAAUAAUUAUGAUGAGAGUUUGAUCCUGGGAAAAGGAGGCUACGGAACCGUUUACAAAGGAACCUUGUCAGAUGGGCGGGUAGUGGCCAUUAAGAAGUCCAAAAUAGUUGAUCAGAGUCAAAUCGAGCAGUUUAUAAAUGAAGUUGUUAUUCUAACUCAGGUUAACCAUCGUAACGUGGUGAAACUCUUGGGUUGUUGUUUAGAAACUGAAGUUCCGUUGCUUGUGUAUGAAUACGUUUCUAAUGGAACACUCUUCGAGCAUAUUCAUUCCGGGGGUGGAGCGCCUUCGCUCUCCUGGGAAACCCGUUUGAGGAUUGCUGUUGAAACUGCCCGUGCACUAACUUAUUUACACUCAUCAGCUUCGAUACCCAUAAUUCAUAGAGAUAUCAAGUCUCCCAACAUACUUUUAGACGAAAAUUACACUGCAAAAGUAGCAGACUUUGGAGCGUCCAGGCUGAUUCCUCUUGACCAAACAGAAUUAUCCACGCUGGUAUUGGGGACGUUAGGAUAUCUGGAUCCAGAGUACUUCAACACAAGCCAACUGACAGAGAAGAGCGAUGUAUAUAGUUUCGGUGUCGUUCUUGUAGAGCUCUUGACGGCAGAAAUGCCCAUUUCGCAAGAGAGAUCUGAAAAGCAGAUAAAUCUUGCUCCCUAUUUCACUUCGUUCGUGAAAGAUAAUAAACUGUUCCAACUUAUUGAUCGUCGAAUACUCAACGAGGGGACUCCAGAACAGUUCAUUGCAGCUGCAGAUCUUGCAAUAAGAUGCCUGAGGUUCAACGGUGAAGAAAGGCCAACGAUGAGACAAGUAACAACCGAGCUAGAAAGUUUGAGAGGGGCAGAGAAACAAUCUUUGUCUUUACAACCAAACCAGGGGAAGAAGAAAUCCAACUCGCAGUUUGAAGUACCGGACGAUCUCUGUAGUGUACCAAUAACUUGGGCAACACCUGCUGAUCACUCUGGGCAGUUCAGCGUGUAUUCUGAGGAAUCUGAGCAAUAUGGUCUCAUAGGUCAAACGAACAUACCUCGAUGAUUGUGUAAUGUUUGUAUCUGGAUUGGGUUUAUGAUAAAUCGAGUUCGGUUGGAUUUUGAGUUGAUUGCAGUUUGCUGUUAGAAGUCCAAACGUGUGUUCACCGUCUUUUUGUAAAUUCCAGGAAUGAUGUGUAUGUUAA